CUUCAACCGCCCAGCCAGGUCAUAACAGAAGGCCAUUUGGCCCCUGCACAAGUACUUCUCUAACGCAAAACGUAUAGUAUCAUGGAUACGACGUGGGUUCAGCAUCUAAGAUCCGAAUCCGCGGAAUCCCUCUUACCUCUGGGCAUCUGUUUGAACCAGUUCACGUGUUUCGUUCAUGUGAUGAAAGACCUCCUGUUGUUUUUUGAUCCGCGGUACCCUGUGCUGGUUCGAAACGGGAUCCUCUUUGGGGUCAGUCUAUGUCUGGUUCUCUACCUUCUUCACGACGACUGUUGUAUUGACCAGUCGCUGCUGUCUCGCUUAGACGGUGUAGUGCUCGCCGAGCUUUACAUUGUCACGGGCCUUGUCAAUCUAGUGAUUUGGCUACGCCCAAGAAUCCUUCCCGAUCCAAGGGUCGUCACUGUGCAUCGGAUGGUAUGUGCUGCGCCUUGUGCUGUGACCCAUGACUCUUCGUAA